GUUGCAAGCGGAAGAGGUUUCCCCGAGAAAGCUAAGCUAACAAGCUUGCUAACUUUGUAAGUGUGUGACAUCGUCACGGAUUGGUAUUUCAUUCCGUUUUUAUAACACAAUUCGAUACGGACAAACAGGACUGAUUUAACAAAGCCUGUUCGUUUGGGAAUAUGCCGAAAAAUAAAGGUAAGGGAGGAAAGAAUCGGCGACGUGGUAAAAAUGAGAAUGAAUCAGAAAAGAGAGAGCUGGUUUUCAAAGAGGAUGGCCAAGAAUAUGCACAAGUCAUUAAGAUGUUGGGUAAUGGACGACUGGAAGCUAUGUGUUUUGAUGGAGUCAAGCGACUAUGCCACAUCCGAGGAAAGCUACGGAAAAAGGUUUGGAUCAACAGUUCAGACAUCAUCCUGGUGGGACUUCGAGAUUACCAGGACCAAAAAGCUGAUGUUAUCCUGAAGUACAAUGCAGACGAGGCCAGGAGUUUGAAGGCCUAUGGGGAGCUUCCUGAACAUGCUAAAAUCAAUGAGACCGACACGUUCGGACCUGGUGACGACGAGGACAUUCAGUUUGAUGACAUUGGAGAUGACGACGAGGACAUAGAUGAUAUCUGAAUCUGGACUAUUGUGUGCCACAUCAUUUACGCAGAGGAAAGUGGACAUUUCUAUACUACUUGCCAACAGCGCCCUGUUUCCUCAAGUCAGUUGAGACUGCUUAAGACCUGGAAUCUAUCAACUGAGAAUAUCAUCACACCUACUUCAGUCCACACUUCAUAUUUUUGUUAUAGGUGUAAUAUAUUUAUAUUUUAUUCCAUCUCAUGUGGAAUAUAGGCUCAAAUUACAGAACACCAGAAUUUAAAAUAAAAAAACUGAAAUAAAUGUUUGGUCUGGAGAUUUGUCUAAAACAAAGGAUCCCCUCCCCUAUUUUUUUUUAGAACGUACUUUUGUUUUCUUGAUAUUGAUGGUCAAUAAAGUAAUUGUUUUAAAAGUUG